UUACUCCUCGCGCCUCUGCUACCUUCUACACGCGCUUUCUUUAUUUACUCCGUGAAUUCACGGACCAACGCGACCGGCUUGAUCACGAUGAGUGCUCCGUUUCUCGAUCCUCUGUGAACAAUCCUCCGGCGCGUACUCGAUCGUGAGCACGUACUCACUUUCGCUGGAUCCUGGUUCACGAUCUACGCUUACCUUUCGGUUGGAUCGGCGUUUCGCGAACACCAUUGGGGAUAUCGCUAUCUACCACUACUACUUGCUGUCACGAUGACGAUGCGACGACUUCCGUAUUUCGGGUGAACUCUAAUCAAUUUGUGCUCGACGUGGACCGCGCGCAUCUGUGAUCAUCACUCGACUCGCGCACGGCGGUCACGGCCAUCACUUACGCCGAUCAACGCCGGACAUCUCGGCAUAAAUAUUGUUCUAACACCGGCAAUAAACCGUCAUCAUCUGCACCAUCGCCGAUCACGUGGCUUGCUCGACGGCGACGCUGUACGAUAAUGUUCACGCCGCGCCGCUAUGUGGCUCCGGCGUGGGCCACCCUGGCUCGGUCACGUCGAUGGGGACAGCAACCGGAGCGGGGAAUUCCACCGGGGUGACCUGGUGGGCCAUGAUGAACGGUUCCCUCUACGAGGACAGCCCGCCGCCAGUUCCACCAACAGCCUCGACUCUCGUAUCAAUUCAGCAAACCUCGACACCGGGUGCUCAUCAACAAGCGACAACACCGACUUCACCUGGUGCACCGGUGUCAUCGGCAACAGCGACAGCGCCAUCGGCGCCUACAGCGAGCGCCAGUUCAACCUCGCCGAGCGCUUCUUCGGUAGCGAGCAACAGCGCGGCCGGACCACUCCACAUACCCGCCAAGAGAUUAACAGCGACACCGGGAGGCGGUGGUACCACUUACGGGGAAGUAGCCUGUGUGGAGUCGUCAGGCGGGCCAGGUGGUGCGGGCGCGGCAGGUGUGAUACGACACUCUCACUCGGCAGGGUCUCAAGGCGGUUGGAGUUACAGUCCGCAUCAUCCCCAGGACUCCCACUACUCGUCCACGGCGGGCGAAUCGUUGAACCAUCAUCAGACUUACGGGGGUAACAAUCCCCCUACGUACUACAAUCUGGCGGCCGAUCCCACCUCGACCUCCGGUUCUUCCAGGGACAACCGGAAGGCCGGGCUUUUCUGGUCGCCCGCGGCUGCUACCGCUGGAUCGGCCAGUACCGCCGGUUCUACCUCCGAUUACAAGUCUUACAACUCGGCCGGCGCGGCGACUACCACGUCGACCACCGGUGGGUCUACCACCGGUGCCACCGGCGCCGCCGAUCCGGCCGUGUCGUCCUGCCAUCAGAGCUUCUCUCAGAGCUGGUGUAAUUACUCGCCGUACACGACGGCGAGGCAUCACCAUCCGGUCGACACGGCUGGACAUCAUCAUCCCCAUGCGCAGGCGGGGGUACCGUAUCUGGCGCCAUCCGCGGCGGACGAUCGUGGUAGGGUCGCUGCCGCUAUGGUUGCUGCGGAAGGUGCCUUUCCUCAUGAUGGAUAUGGUGGCCUGAGAAACUAUGGAGCGCCCGAACCUGUUACUUCGAGUCCCUAUCCACCUCCAGUGAUGUGGGGUUCCUCCCCAUCUUCCUUGUUUCCCGCAGGUUCGCUUGCGGGUGUAGGUGUCGGGGUUGGUGUAGCCGGGAUGGGCGUCGGGUGCGGCAGCUCCAACCCCUUGGAAUGGACGGGUCAGGUGACGGUGCGGAAGAAACGCAAACCAUACUCCAAGUUCCAAACUCUCGAGCUGGAGAAGGAGUUUCUCUUCAACGCUUACGUGUCGAAGCAGAAGCGAUGGGAGCUUGCGCGCAACCUGAAUCUGACUGAGCGCCAAGUUAAGAUCUGGUUUCAAAACCGUCGGAUGAAGAACAAGAAGAACAGUCAGCGGCAGACCCAGCAGCAAAAUAACAACAAUAACAACAGUAGCAGCGCCAACAACGCGAAUCAUCACGCGGCGACCGGCAGUCAUCACCAUCCGAGCACCGCGCACGCACCACCCUCGAGUCACCACGUGGUCGCGCAAGCGCAUCAUGCGAACGGCUCGACGAAGCAUCAUCAGUGACCCGUGGCCUUCUCUGGGGUCGUCUUCGGGCAUCAUCAUCACAAUCAUACCUCAUCCAGCAGCGGUGGUAGCCACGGGGGUAGCCAUAGCAGCCUGGUAGCAGGUCACAGCCAUAGCCUCCAUGCACCGCAGUCCCAAACGCCGCUGCCGCCGAUUCACGUGUCGUCGUCGUCGUCGGGCACCGUAACGCCCGCCACGGCCGUAGUCCAUCCACACACACAUACACACGCACACUCUGGCAGCCAUCAUCAUCAGCUGGCGCACGUGGCUCAACAGUAUCCCGCUCUCCUACAUCAAACGUCUCACGGCUUGGCCGCCUGAACGCACCGAACGCCCCAGAGAAAACCCGUCGAGAGACGCCUCGAAUAAUCUCAGGCGAUCCCGCUAAACCGUCGAUCAAUAUCCACGUCCACGGGAAUUCGAUGAAAACUCAUGGACUCUGUCGAGCAGCCGUUCAAAGACUGCCUAAAAGAUAAAGCUCGCGCGUAGUAUAUUAUUAUUAAUUAUAUUAUUAAUUAUUAAUUAUAUUAUUAUUAUUCAAUCAAGCGAAAACUUCGCUAUUGUAUAGAAAGGGCGCGUUUGGGGCCACUAUUUCAAGCGGCCCGAAGACUCUUUUUCGAGUGUCGGUGUCGGGUGCCGGUAUUCUACGGUAUUCUACGAAUAGUACGCGUUAUCGGGCGACACCAAGCAAUCUGUCCAAUUCGUAAUUCGGUAGUAUUUUCUCCAGUUAUAUAUAUAUAUACAUAAAGUAAAGAGGUAAUUAAUGUCACUUAGUGUACCCCUAUUCCUCCCACCGCCCCCAGAGCCUCUUCUUCCUUCCUCCAGUCGCAUCGUGUGUUUAUUCCGUCUUACAUCCCCGUCUAUUGUCGGACCUGAGUCGCACAUUUGGAGAUUGGAACGUAUCGUUGCAGUUACACCCGGGGCUGAUUCAAUCAGACAUCAUUGAUUUUGCAGUUAGGGCUGGACGGUCCGUCGAGAAUCGCAAGUUGUAAAGCGGAUGGGUCGCUUUUAGGGGUAAGUGGACUCACUGAUCUCGCGUAAGUGCAUGUGUAUCGCUCUUUAAAUUAACUUUUCACUUCGGUAUGGGUUAUAUAUGAUGGCGUUAAAGACCUGCAAAUCUUGUCGACUACCUACCUAUCGUACAACUAGGUAAUACUAAAAGUUAGUAUUAGCAAAAGUUUAUUAUUAUUCGUCAUUCACGCUCUAAUGCCUGGUCUUUUUAACUAUUUGCUUAAAAUGUUAAUUUGAAAUGUCAUAAAAAUUUUAUUGAUAGACUCGAGGCGUAUAUCUGUUCUCGGUAAUUUGAAUUCAAAUGUCAAUUAUUGUCAGUAUAUGAUUUAAACGAACUCGCAGCACAGUCCAUAUUUAUCGAAAUAUAUAUUAUUUAUAAUGACGAUUCUCGACUCAAGAAGGAAGGUCAAAAAUAGCAGAAUACCUUCUUUUGCUGUUCAAUUAUUUGCCUGUCGUGACAAAAUAAAGAGUGUGGUAAAUUUUGAAGUCAGUGUAGAAUAUGAGCGUAUCCGAGAAAUUAGAUAGUUACGUCCACAAUGUCGUACUAAUCGCCUACCAAGGAUCGCAAAUUAGUAUAAUUCUAUUAGUAUUGAUGAAAAGCGAUUUAUGUUAAAAAUAUACAUAGUAGCCAGUCUAGUGGUCGAUUGUAGGCCGUUCUAGGCUGAGUUUGGGAUUUUCGUGAAAAUUAUAAUAUUAUGCAGGGUCAACAUCGUACGUUCAGUAUUUUCAUCUCCGUGCGCGAGCGAAAUUCUUGCCGUGAAAGGAACAAAAGGUUGUGGUACUUAACGCUCUAAACUUUAUCGCUUGUUAACGAAUUAGUGUAAUUACAUUUCUUUUUUACGAUUAUAAUCGGUGACACGUGAUAAUGUGAAUACGGCUUUUUUGCUUACGUUGCUAAAAAAACCGGUGUCGAAAAUUUAUCGAAAUAAAUUUUCGUAUACACAGUGUUCAUAAAGUCUAUCCUCAUUUUUUAUAGGAAAAAAAAUUAGUUACAUAAUAAAAAUUUCUGUGUGAUAGCUAAAUUUUAAUUGUAAUAUAUGAAUAGCUAAGCAGCAUAAUUAAAUUUACUUAGUUGUUGACAUUUUUGCUAAAUGUCAUAAAAUUUAGCUAUAACAGAUAUUUUAAUGAAUUGUAAUUGAAUUGAGUAAUAUUAUAGAUGUCAUUGCAUGUCAAAAUAUUAAGUCCCAAAAUUUUAAGUAGAAAUUAAUUUGUAAGUAUACAUUUUUGAAAUUGUGCAAAUUUAUUUUAUUUUCUCUUUAUUUUGAAGUCAACUUUUGUCCCUAAUUUCGAGAAAUCUUUAUGCUUCAGAAACUUUUUUUAUAACACGAAUAAAAUAUUCCAUAAUCCUUUUAUUCAAUUCUCUGCGAUUUUUCAUUACGAUUAUUAAUUGAAAAUAAUCAAUAAUCAUUUUUUACAAUUUCGGAUCAUUUCUGAAGGGGAUAGGAAUGAGGAUAGAUAUUAUAGACAUCCUGUAUAAUACUUCAUUGCCAUUGGGUAUCCCAAGUAUUCGUUGACAGGAACUGGACGCGAUAUUGAUUAUAUUUCAUGCUUUUGACUAGAUUUAAAAAUAUCUGAGAAGAAAGUAUUUUUUGUUGAUCAAUAGUCGAUCAAUAGUUAAUCAAUUAUCAGUAAUUCUAAGUAAUCACUGAUAAUUGUUAUUAUAUAUAUUUUUGCGUUCAGUAAAUGUCACAUGUAUUGAUCUCUGUAAAUAUAUCCAAUGGAUAUGUCAUCUCUGGCAGACGUCUUCCGGUCGUUUUACAUCUUUUGCAGGGUUGGGAAUUACUUUUUAAUGAUAACUUAUUACCGUUAUUGUUAUUUAAAAAAUUAUUGUACGCAACUUUUUUCGUUACUUUUCACUAAAAUAAGAUUAAGUUAAACGUAACAUUUUGCUAAUGUUUUUUCUUAAAAUAUUAUUGAAAAUAAUAUUAUUUUGUAUCUUAAAUUCCUAAGACAACAAAAAAUUUAAGAAGAAAUAUUAACAAUAAUUAAAAAUAUAAAUUUAAAAAUAUUGAUUUUUAUUAAAAAUAUAAAUACAGCAAAUUACUUUUUUUGAACCUUCAAUUUUGUGUUACAUAGUUUUAACAUCAAAAUUAUUUUUAAAAUGUGGUUUGCAAUAUAAUUGGUUUAUGACAUCUUGAAACUAUAUUUAAGAUAGUUUUAAACACAACUGUGAAUACCAGCAGGAGACUGAAGAUUGAACAUAUACAACUGAAAUUGUCACCAAUAUAUUCAAAACGUGAAAAGUAACAAUAAAAGUAUUAAAUUUGUUAUCAUUACUAAAACAAAAAAAGUACAACUGCGUUAAGAUUACAAUUACUAGAAAAAGAAAAAUAACGUUUUUAUCAAUCACCAUCGUUUUACUUAAAAAAAUGUAAUUGUAACGUUAAUGACUUUGUUACAAGUAACGCGUUACUUCCCAACUCUGAUCUUUUGUUUAAAAUCCGUGCUCAUGUCUUUCACGACGAGAAGCGAACGUAGUGAGAGAAAAUCGAUCUCGUAUGAAGUCCUAAGCGCGAUCGGAAUACAAUUUUGAACAGAAUAUCAGCGAGUAAGUAAUCUAAUCAGAUGUUAACUGAAAAAAAGCUAUCCCACUGGAUCUCUAUUCUAAGGUGCAACAUUAUCUAAAUUACGAAGGGUUACUGAGUUCGUGUGAAUGGCUACAAUAUAUUAUAUACGUGUAUUUUGUGUAUGUGUAUACACAAUAUGAAUGCGUGUAUCGGACGGGCAUGUGUGUAUGUGUGUAUGUUUGUGUGUGUGUGUGUGUGUGUGUAUAUAUAUACAUAUAUGUGUACGUGUAGGUAUAUUCGCGUACGUAUAUGUAUGUAUGUUUCUGUAAGCAAGGGGUGUAUUUCUUUCAUGUGUGAUGUACGAACGUGUCACACGGCUGUGGAUACGAAUGUAUGUUUUGUGGUACAAAAUAAAAAGUAGGCACGCGCUUUGCACUGGAAAAAUCGAUAGGGAGAGAGAGCGAGACAGAGAGAGAGAGAGAGAAGAAACGAGAGUGAGAGCGAGAGGGGAAAGAAGGAGAUAGAGAGGUGAUUGAAAAAUCGAGAGCGAGAAGGAGAAGAUGAGAGAAACGAAAAUAGGAUAACCGCGAAUUGAAAAUUCUAUAAGCAUAUAAGAUAGCCGUGAACGCGAUGGUAAAAAGACAAACGCGGUUAGAGUCGAGAAAUAAAGGCAACGCGAGACGAUGAAACGUGGCUCGUAUAGAGUGAAUUUGAACUCGUGAGAGACUGAGUUCCGGACAACUGUAUAGUUCUGCCACGGUACUGUAACAGUUAAUGUAACGACGAUAAUAUAAUACAAUAUAAAUGAUAACAAAAUAAAUAAUUUCAAGUGGAAACGAUUAAAUGUGGAAAAUUUCGAUCGGACGGUAGCGAUCCUGUUGCGUUUACCGUGCUGUCCGAAGCUUUGCUGCAAGUUGAUUGUAAUUAGUUAUUAAAUAUACCACUGAUGAUGUUUAUUAUGACUAUUAAAAAAAUUCUUAAGAUUAUUAUAUUAUAUUAUUAUUAAUAUUAUUAUCAUUAUUAUUGUGAGCGUCACGUUAAUAUUAUGUUAUUGUUUUUAUUGUGUGUUGUUUUGUAUGUACCUAUCAGAAGAGCCUAUAAUAAUAAUAACAUUAUUACAAUAAUCUAUACACACGCGCACACAAACACAGUAAAGGAACGGGGAAAGGAAGUAAAUACACAUUAUUAUCUUUGUCCGUUCUAAAUACUGACUUGAUUUUCCGAUACCUAUAAAUGUAUGGUGCCCGAUCUUAAGAGAAAUUUACAAUCUCUUAACAUACAAAUAGAAAUUUUAUGUUUUUUAAUUCGUGAAAGAUUUUAUAAUGCUUAAAGAUUGUACUAAUUCUGAUCGAUAGUCUGGAAACUUCGGGAAAUGAAUAAUCUAAAACUGAAGUUAUAUAUUAUGUGGUUGGGGUGCUGAAAAAAAAGAGGAAUAUUUGAGAAGUAGCACCUUUUUAUUUAAAAAAAAAUUGUUUUAUAUAAGAAUGUUUUUAAAUAUUUUGUGACUUAAUUGCUAAAAUAUUUUUCUGUUAUUUUUAUAUAUGUGACGACAAAGCUAUAACGCACCAAGUUAUUACACACAUGAAUAAAUGUAAAAAUCACAUUUGUAUCAUUUAUGUUGUCCAUUGUUCACACAGUAAAAAAUUGUUAGAUCAUUUUUCUUUUGAUUUGCCACGUCACACUGUAUAUUAUCAUGCGCUGUAUUUGUAAAUUAUAAGCGUAAAUAUUACUUGUUUAAUGUUCCGUUUAAAAAUCUCCAUCCUUAUAUCACGUAUGACAAAAACAUAUAACAAAGUAUUACAAAUAAAUCGUCAUGUUUUUUUAUCAAA